AUGGCUUACAAGUUCCGACAAAUGAUGUGUCCUUGCGGCAUUGUGCACCUAGUGUCUAUUUUGGCUUAUCUGCAUCCGGUCAUCGCGAUCGUCGGUGGUAAAGACGCAGUUAAGGGUGCUUAUCCUCACAUGGCACUGCUCGGCCGACUCGCAUCUGAGGAUACACAUAGUGCUUACGAAUGGUUUUGUGGUGGUUCCCUCAUCUCGGAUCGGUUCGUCCUUACGGCAGCUCACUGUGCAUGCAACAAAAUGAAGAACGCCCCAACGAUCGUGCGCUUGGGAGAACACAAUCUGAAGGAUAGCCAGUCGGCAAGCCGCCAGGACUUUGGUGUCCAGAGGAUCGUACAUCACCCCAACUUCCAGCACGCCUACAACGAUAUCUCUCUGAUUGAGUUGAGUGCACGAGUUAUCUUCAACCAAUUCAUUCAACCCGCUUGCCUGUGGUCGAGCAAUGAGGACCCAGUGCAUCCGUUAGUCGCUACGGGAUGGGGAAGCAUGGGAUAUUAUGGUGAACAGGCAACAGUCCUGCAACAUGUACAAAUUCCACUUGUCGCGAACGGACCCUGCAAUCAAAAAAUAGUUCGAAAUCGCCGCCUACGAUACGGUAUUCUGGGAAUGCAAAUGUGUGCCGGUGAUGUGAACGGUGGAAAGGACACUUGUGCAGGAGAUUCUGGUGGCCCUCUUCAAGUUCUCGUACCGGUAGCCGAUCAUAAAAGUGGUCGGUGCUCUAGUUCCUACUAUGUAGUUGGCAUUACUUCCAAUGGUAUGAUUUGUGGUGCAGCCGAUCGCCCCGGUAUUUAUUCGCGAGUUUCUUCCUAUGUACCAUGGAUUAAUCAAAUUCUAGAUUCUGUCCGUGGUUGUUGUGCGAAGAAAAACAUGAAAUCCAAAUUACGAAUAGACAAGGUCGCACGCCUUGUAGUGCAUUGCGUGUUGAUGUUUGUGGUGACUCAUAUACAUCCGGUCAUCGCGAUCGUCGGCGGGGAGGAUGCGGUCAAAGGAGAAUACCCUCACAUGGCACUGCUCGGUCGACCAUCGACUGGAGACUCCGACGGUUCUGGUGACCUUGCCAUUGAAUGGUUCUGUGGUGGUUCCCUCAUCUCGAAUCGGUUCGUCCUUACGGCGGCUCACUGUGCAUACAACAAAAUGCAGAACCCUCCAACGAUCGUGCGCUUGGGAGAACACAAUCUGAAGGAUAGCCAAUCGCCAAGCCGCCAGGACUUUGGUGUCCAGAGGAUCGUACAUCACCCCAACUUCCAGCACGCCUACAACGAUAUCUCUCUGAUAGAGUUGAGUGCACGAGUUAUCUUCAACCAAUUCAUUCAACCCGCUUGCCUGUGGUCGAGCAAUGAGGACCCAGUUCAUCCGUUAGUCGCUACGGGAUGGGGAAGCAUGGGAUAUUAUGGUGAACAAGCAACAUUCCUGCAACAUGUACAAAUUCCUCUUGUCGCGAAUGGAGUCUGCAACCAAAGAAUAUUCCCGAGCCGUCGCCUACGAUACGGUAUUCUGGGAAUGCAAAUGUGUGCCGGUGAUGUGAACGGUGGAAAGGACACUUGUGCAGGAGAUUCUGGUGGCCCUCUUCAAGUUCUUGUACCGGAAGCCGAUCGGAGAAGCGGAAAGUGCUCCAGUUUUUACUAUGUUGUUGGUGUAACAUCGAAUGGCAUGAUAUGCGGCACGGUAAAUCAACCUGGCAUAUACUCACGAGUUUCCUGUUACAUACCAUGGAUUACUCAAAUACUCAGUAGCGACCGCGGUGAUAAGCUUGUGUUCGGCGAUGCAUGA